GCGCAGGCGCGACGUCUCAGCCCCGCCCCCUCACCCAGUCAGAGGCUCGAGAUGGCGGUUGUGGCGGCUCAGGUGGUGGAGCUGGACAUCGAGGAGCAGCAGAUAGAUUUCUUAAAAUUUCCUUCAGAUGACGACCAAUGGAGAGUGCAUAAUGCCAAGGUACAUGCAAAACACCGUGGACAUGAAGCUAUGCAUGCAGAAAUGGUGCUUAUUCUUAUUGCCACCCUCGUAAUAGCUCAGAUUGUGCUAGUCCAGUGGAAACAGCAUCAUUGUAGAUCAUAUAAUCUGGUCACCCUGCUGCAGAUGUGGAUUGUUCCUUUAUAUUUCACAGUAAAACUUUACUGGUGGCGCUUUCUCUCCACAUGGGGAAUGUUCUCUGUUAUAACCAGUUAUGUCAUCUUCAGAGCUACCCGCAAACCUCUUUCUGGAAGAACACCACGGAUGGUCUACAAGUGGUUUCUUCUCAUCUACAAAAUAAGUUAUGCAGUGGGCAUUGUGGGAUAUUUGGCAGUAAUGUUCACAAUGUUUGGCUUCAAUUUAUUCUUCAGAAUAAAGACUGAAGACUCCAUGGAUUUUGGUGUAAUUUUGCUGUUCUAUGGCUUGUAUUACGGGGUUAUGGGAAGAGAUUUUGCUGAGAUUUGUUCUGACUAUAUGGCUUCCACUAUUGGAUUCUAUAAUUUUGGUAGAUUGCCAUCCAAGAAUCUCUCUGAUGACAUUUGCGCCGUGUGUGGUCAGAAAAUAUUUGUGGACAUCAGUGAAGAAGGAAUCUUAGAAGAUACAUACCGUCUCUCAUGUAAUCAUGUAUUUCAUGAAUUCUGCAUUCGUGGUUGGUGCAUUGUAGGUAAAAAGCAGACGUGCCCGUACUGUAAUGAGAAGGUGGACCUUAAAAGAAUGCUGAGUAAUCCGUGGGAGCGCACACAUGUUUUAUAUGGCCAGCUAUUAGAUUGGCUGCGUUAUCUAGUUGCAUGGCAGCCUGUAAUUAUUGGAGUUGUACAAGGUAUUAACUAUGUAUUGGGUCUAGAAUAAGAAGCUACCAAUUUUUCUGGCACAUGCAUUAUAAAUAAACCAUUUUAAAUUAUGUAUAUUCUAGAAAAUGUUUACUCUGAAUUUGUCAUUUAGAAUUGCAUAACUACAACAUGUUUUGUUGGUACCUCAAUGACUGAUUAUGGUGAUUAUGCUGUCACUUAACUAACAUGCAAUAAUGUGCAUUAUUUUUAAAUAAGUAAUGUCAAAUUUUGUAAAAGGGAGCCCUCAGUUCUUUCACAGACAGAUUGUGUUUCCUUACGAAAAUGUUGAAAAAAAUUAAUGCAUUCAAAGUUUGGGAGAAGAUUUGUAGCUCAGGUGCUCGUUGUUGUGGUUCUGUGUACAGUUGUGUAAAAAAUCCCAUGCAAGGACUGCACAAAACACUACAUAGGACAAACAGGAAGACAACUAACAAUCCGCAUCCACGAACACCAACUAACCACAAAACGACAUGACCAGCUAUCCUUAGUAGCCACACACGCAGAUGACAAGCAACAUGAGUUCGACUGGGACAACACUACUAUUAUAGGAGAAGCCAAACAGAGAACAGCCAGGGAAUUCGUAAAGGCAUGGCACUCAUCCACAGAUUCAAUCAAUAAGCACAUCGACCUGGACCCAAUAUACCGACAACUGCAGCGGACAGCUGGAACUGACAACCGGAAGCAGCAGAGGCAAACCACUAUAAAUGCUGGAGGAAAUAUCACAGAAGCGCUUCACAGGAGGCUCCCAAGCACUGAGGAUGUCACCUAGACAGGGGACGAAACAUCUGCAACACAAAUUCCCAGCUCGGCGAACAGAAUCACAACAGCAUGGAUGCAUUGUUGAUCACCACUUAUGAUGCUGAUUUGGAAAUUGUAAUUACUAUUUCAAAGAAAAUUUGACCAUGAGCGUCUCUAUAUAAUAGUUUAUUAAACAUAGAAUGAAAUUUGUACUUUUUGUUAUGUCACCAUUAAGUAAUAUUUUGGAAAAAGUGUUCUGGUUUCAUUGGCUUUAUGAAUCAGUAGAAUUUGAUUCAUGCCCCAUAGUGAUUUAUUUUUCUGGUACUUAAUGUUGAGAACUAAUGAAGUAUUGAGUUGUGUUUUUGCUUCUAUGUUUAUUCUCUAAGAUGUCAUUUAUUUAGUUGUUCAGCUGAUAAUAAAUGCAAUAUGACUUGUUUAUUACUAUGCAUAUAUUAUUUUAAAUCUUAUACUUUUGGUAUUUGUAUUUGCAAAUUUU